AUGGGAGAGGUGGGCCGGGCAAGCACGGUGCGACCCUUGCUCCCCGGCUGCCAGGUGCGGAGGCUGGGCUCCCCGGGGAGACGCUCGGUUCAUGAGGUGAGCUGCCAGCUGCCCCCAAGCCUCGCACUUUUAUCUGCCAGGAGCCGGGCAGGGACCCCGGCCUCUCUGGGGCCUGGCCUUGGACAGCGUUGCCUUAGGCAGAAGCCACCUCCCUCAGUGCUUUCCGGGCCCGAGCUGGACUGGGGCCUUCCGUGCUUGCUUAACCCCCGGGCUCGAGCCGAGUACAGGACCCUGCCCCGGGCGCUCGAGGGGCGCCUCCCCUCAGGCGGUACCUGUGUCCGCGUCUGCCAGGCCCCGGAGCCCAGGGGUCUUGGUCCUCGUCACUGCCAGUCUUCCUCCCCCCUCCCGGAGUCUCCAGGGCCACGCGGGCGCGCGUCUGUGACGGGGGACUGCAAGAGACACCCACACGCGUGGGCUGGUACGUGGGCCAGUGUGGACCGGGCCCGCCUGCCGCCUUGGAGGAAGCCCUGCCCCUCUCUGGGCCUGUUUUCUCUGUUGAAGAAUGAACUGGUUGGACUUGCUGACGUCUGGGGCCCUGCCAGCACGAACAUUCGAGAACAUUCCAGGGCUUGUACACUUGCCCAGGUGAAGCAAGACCAAACACCCCAAACCUGUCUCCCAGGGGUCAGCCGGGGUCUGGGGAGACUCCAGACCCCCACAUCACACUCCGAGCAUUCAGGAACUGUGACCCUUCUCCAGGCCCCUGGCAAGUCCCAAAAGACCAGCUGCUCGGGCCUUGACUCUAUGACAGCCGGCGUCCUGGAACGCCUCCGGCAGCUGCCCCAGGAACACGGGGAGACCACGGGGCCCCUCGCAGCGCCCACAUGGCCUCUGGAGCUCUGCCGGGCAAGGAGGCAGAGUCAGCAAAUCAGACCGUCGGGCAUGGCCCAACAGCCCAGCACCUGCCGUCCAGGUCUGUGCCCUGGACCUAAAGGACAGAGAAAGGGCAAGAAGCCUUGGAUGGGGGACCUGAGAAAGGGGCGCAAGAGGUGGGGUUGCCUUCCCACCCGCCAGCUGCCCCGUCCUGAGGCCGGAAGCAUGGGAGGGGCUUUGUCUGCCCAGGGGGAGUGGGCGCUGUGGCCAAGGCCAGGGGCAGGGGAGGGCCGGAUGCAGGUGAGGGGAGGCCAGCGCCUCUGGACACCAGCCCCCUGUGCUGGUUGGCAGCCCUGAAGCCUGGUCCGGGAGAGGGUGUGGGCUCUCACCACCGUACCAAAGAUGUAAUCACCUAGGUUUACAAGUAUUUUUAGGACUCACAUAACUCACAUUUAUACAACAGAAGUGCUAUUUUGUACGCCAUCAAAUUUGCCUCUCUGUGUACUUUUUUUUAAGAGAAAGAUUUUAAUAUUAAACUGGUGCUUCUCACUCA